GGGUGAACAACACUAUCAAUAACCGUUAUGCUUAUCGGUAUUAAGCCAUUAUGAUACUCGUAGAAAUGCACGACUCUCAACAUCACCAUGGGUUCGCGCAGCAGUGAGUGGAACCAAAGUCUUGCGAUUGGCACCUGAAAUUGACGCUCCCGUUAGCAUGUUUUGCCUCUAUUCGUAGUAUCUGAGGUCACUAACAGUAAUACUAGAGAAAUAACCUACAUAAUCUGCAUCAUUGUCGCGUAUUAGAGGCAUAAUGAUAUUGGCGAUUAGUGAAUGUGACUUUAAGAGCGCGCUGUAACUCGAGCCUCGGUGCAGUGACAGCUGUAGCAGUGAGGGGAAGAGAGAGGUCCGUUACUGAUCACUCGAAAAUAACGUGUCUGUCUUUGUUACCAACUUUUAAGACGGUCUUUUGGCGACCAUGGCCGACCGGUUCGGUAGGACGUGUAUAGUUGCGUUUGCGCUCGUGGCCACUGUAUUACAAGUCAGUGCAAAUGAGGAGACCCAGUUAAUCGCAGAUAAGUUUAAAAAAUACAACAAAAAUAUUCGACCAGCAAGACACCCUGAUGAAAAAGUCAAGGUUCAGGUCAAGUUGACUCUCACCAACCUCAUCUCUUUGAAUGAAAAAGAGGAGACUUUAACUACAAAUGUUUGGAUUGAGAUUCAAUGGCAUGAUUACCGUCUUGCGUGGAAUACAUCUGAGUAUCACGGCAUUGAUCUGAUCCGUGUGCCAUACAACACUGUGUGGCUACCAGAUAUAGUUUUGGAAAACAACAUUGAUGGCAAGUUUGAUGUGGCAUAUUACGCUAAUGUGCUGAUUUCGAGUGAUGGCUCCAUGUACUGGCUUCCCCCUGCCAUCUACCGCAGUACCUGUGCUAUUGAGAUCACCUACUUCCCUUUCGACUGGCAAAACUGCACACUAGUCUUUAGGUCUCAGACAUACAGUGCAAAAGAAAUUGAUAUGGUAUUGGCAGAAGAUGCAGAUACAGGAAAGCCUAUUGAGUGGGUGGACAUUGACCCUGAGGCCUUCACAGAGAAUGGGGAGUGGGCAAUCAAGCAUCGGCCUGCUCGUAAGCUGACAAACUCACGCUACUCUCCUGAUGAUCUGGAGUUCCAAGAGGUGUAUUUCAACCUCAUCAUCCAGAGGAAACCACUCUUCUACAUAAUCAACAUCAUCCUUCCCUGCUCUCUCAUCUCCUCUCUGGUCGUUCUGGCCUUUUUUCUACCUGCAAAAGCUGGAGGGCAGAAGUUGACUGUGUCCAUUUCGGUACUGUUGGCUCAGACUGUGUUUCUUUUCCUGAUCGCUCAGAAGAUCCCAGAAACCUCACUUUCUGUGCCUCUUAUUGGCAAGUAUUUAAUCUUCGUCAUGUGUAUGACCACACUGAUCGUGACCAACUGCAUCAUUGUCCUCAACUUCUCCCUUCGUAGUCCUAGUACACACAACAUGUCACACACCAUCAGACAUAUUUUCCUCGAGGUGGUCCCUCGUUUCCUUGGCAUGACCUCAUUUCUGGACGAGGAGGAGCCGGGAAGUGGGCCGUAUGAAAUGAGGGAGAGGCGGCGCAGUUCGUUUGGGCUGAUGCAAAGGGCUGAAGAAUAUGUUUUGAAACAGCCACGCAGUGAGAUGAUGUUUGAUAAACAGAGAGAGAGACAUGGACUCAUGCGCUCAAUUGUGGAUGAAAUUGAUGUGAGCAGUACGGCAAACCUCUACAAGAGUUUGGCAAAGACAGCACCAGAAAUAAAAGAGUGUGUGGAUGCCUGUAACUUCAUUGCUGAAUCCACUAAACAGCAAAAUGACAUUGGAUCUGAGAUGGAGAGUUGGGUGCUGAUUGGUAAGAUGAUUGACAAGGUUUGUUUCUGGGCAGCCAUCUUGCUAUUCUCUGUUGGCACAGUGGCCAUCUUCCUUAUGGGUCACUACAACCAGGCACCUGAUUACCCAUUUCCUUGGGAGAACAAAAAGUACUUACCUGAGUAGAGAAUAAGACUCUGUCCAAAAGAAAGAAGGAACUAGCAAAGAGCAUGCUCUUGUCUGCUUAUGUGAUAUAAAAUAAAUACAAAGACAGGUUUUAUAGCUGGAGUUAGAGUACAACAAGCUGCACAUGAUUUGAUCAGGAUUGUAUGACUUGUUACAUGAUCUUGUCUUAUAUUUGAUAUUAGGGACUAUGGGUGUCCAUGCAUGUGUUAACAGCUUUACACACUAGUUACACUAGGGGGAUUUGUGUAAACAAUAUUAAUUAGUGAAAUAAUAAGGAAUAAAUAAACUAAUGGUUUCAGCUUAUUUCAGACCAUGUAGUGGUUUUCUAGUUCAUUGUGGCUGCAUUUUGUAACACCCCAAACCAGUUUAUCAUCUGUUAUCAAACUGUAAUGUAACAGUAUGCAUUACAGUUGUGUGUUACAUCAGCCACUUUUUAUACAGUGAUUGCACUGUAAUAUUUAAUAUUAGUAUUAUAGAGAUGCAUGUUCAUUUUUGUUUGUUCCAUGUUAUCUUAUGUAUCUCUUUGUCGUAAAAUGUUAUUUUGAUUUUACUUGUGCAAUUUUGCAUUAAAUUUAUUAUUUACUAUAAACUCUUUAUAUAUACAAAAAAUAUUGUUGCCUCUUUGUAGUGAAUAAAUGGACUCUUAAUUCACACACUGUCUUAAAAUAUCCUGUGCAAACGCACAAGAAACAAGUUUGAUGUCUGCUUUUACGAACAUUUUUAAAUCCUUAUUAAGCAUUGUGCUUUUGUGAUUUUUCUAUAUGCACCAAAGAAGGAAAAUAAAAUAA